AUGGCUAAUGAACAGUUCGGUGAUGAAAAUACCGGUGCUUAUCCAUCUCGAUGGUCUGUUCCUGAACUUAAAGAUCGUCAAUCAAAUAUAUCUGUAUUUUCUCGUAUAUAUGAAGAAUAUACUGAUUCAGAACAUUUCCUUGAAUUUACUCGAAAAACAGCUUCAAUUCUACUGCAAACAAAAACAGCUUCAUUUGUAUUUGCUGUAUCUCUUGUUUUACCCUUGAUUAUGAUUGGUGUUGGUAUAUCAAAUUUAGAAGAAUGUCCAUUAAAUCGAAAUAUUCCAGUUUUUGUACUUGUUGGCGGUGCAAUAGCAUCGCUUAAAUUACUUCAAGUACUUUACAAACAAUAUAAUCGUCGUCGUGGACCAGCUGAAGAAGAAGCAACUGAUACGAAUAAUGGAUCGACAUUUAUGGAUGUUCUUACAACACUAAUUCUUAUUGUUUGGUUUAUAUAUGGUAAUCAUAUAAUCUAUCGUUAUCGUAUACCAAGUUAUGAACAAACAACAGAAGAUCCAGAACAUUGGUGUACAAAAAAUGUUUAUGUCUUAACUUUAAUUAGUGUCGCUUAUACAUAUGCAUUGGUAACAUUAAUGGUUUUAAUUCUUCUUAUUGUUGUAUGUACUGUUCAUUUUCAAAAUCAUCGUCAUGCCAUCCAAGAGGCAGAUGAUGCCGAAUGCGCAUGA